AUGGCGUCAGAUCUUAAGCUCGUCAGCCAUCUCUAUGCCGACUGGUGUGGCCCUUGCAAGAUGAUCGCUCCAGUGUUUGAGUCGCUGUCGGCCAGAUACUCCAAACCCAACAAGAUCACAUUCUGCAAGAUUGACGUCGACAGCCAGCAGGAAGUGGCCCAGCAGUAUGGCGUGCGCGCCAUGCCGACCUUCCUCAUUUUGCACAACGGCUCUGUGAUCGAAACAAUUCAGGGAGCCAACCCACCAGCUCUUACCGCCGCUGUUGAUAAGGCUGUCAAGUUGGCCGGCGGUGCCGCGGGUGGUGGUGCUGUGUUCAAGACCGCCGGACACCGACUCGGCGGCAGUGGAGUAGCCGGGUCCCGCCCCGGGACAUCAGUGGCCCGUCCUUUCAAGUGGGAUUUCAACAGCUUGAUCAAGACUAUCGUAGCUUUCAUUGGACUUUAUGUCACCUCUCUCUUUUCGGUAAGAGAUCAUUACCGCCCCUCUCGAAUCUGGACAAGAUUUAAUAACAAGGCCCUCAUUCAGCUUGACCCAUACAAGGCGGCAGAGAGCUCCCCGUUCAACAAGAAGAAUCGUCCACCGCAAGCACAGUCAUAUACGGGGAGUGCUGCUAGUAAAAAGCCUGCGCCGCGUGCUACGUUCAAGACGUUGUCGGACCUGGGCAACUAA